AUGGCUGAGCCUGGAAAGCAACUGCCCGAGGAGGUGCUGGCGCUCAUCUUCCGCCACCUGCCCCUGCGGGACCGCGCUGCCGCCGCCAGGGUCUGCAGAGCCUGGGCUGCUGCCGCCGUCUGCAGCGCUGUGUGGCAUGACACGGACAUCAGUUGCUGCUGUGCGCAAGAAGGCAUGCUGCCACCGUUUCUGUCAACCUGCCUGGACCACAUUCGCCAUCUGCGCCUGGAAUUUGAGCCAUCGAAGGAGCCGAGCCGCCGGGUGGCCACGGAGCUGCUGACCGCGCUGGCGGGCCGGACCCCAGGACUCCGAGGCCUGCGCCUGGAGUGCCGCGGGGAGAAGCCGCUCUUCGACGCGGGCCGCGACGUCCUGGACGCCGUGCGCGCCAUCUGUCGGGCCGCUCGCGAACUGCGCCACCUCGACCUGCGGCGCCUGCCCUUCACUCUGGACGACGCGCUGGUGCUGCGGGCGGCGCGCGGCUGCCCCGACCUCCGCAGCCUUUUCCUGAACAACGGGACGCUGGUGGGCAGCGUGGGGCCGGGCUCCGUGCUCGAGCUGCUGGAGGCCUGCCCGCGCCUGGGCACCCUCGGCCUGCACUUGGCCAGCCUGUCCCACCCCGCCCUCGAGGUGCUGGCGGCGCCGGGCCGCGCGCCUUUCGCUCUCCUGGCGCUGCGGUGCGCCUGCCCCGAGGACGCACGGGCCCCCGCUCUGCCCAACGAAGCCUGGGCCGCGUUGCGCCGCCGCCACCCCGGGCUGGUGGUGGAGGUGGAACUGGAGCCCGCCAUGCCCGCGGAGAGCGUGACGCGCGUCCUGCAGCCCGCCGUGCCGGUGGCCGCGCUGCGCCUCUGCCUCUCCGGGGACAGCGCGGGCCCGGUGCGCUUCGCCGCGCUGCACUACGCCGCCACCCUGCGCGUGCUCGAGGUGCGCGCCGCCGCUUCGGCCGAGCUGGACUCGGCGCUGGAGCUGCUGGCGGGGCGCUGCGCGGGCCUGCGCGAGGCGCACUGCUUCUGCGUGGUGCGGCCCUCCGUGCGGCACGCCUUCCUCGCGCACUGCCCGCGCCUGCGCAGCUACACGCUCAAACUAACGCGGGAGCCUCAUCCCUGGCGGCCCACGCGUGUGGCGUGA